CCAAUCAAUAUUUUAUAAAAACAUUUUUUUCCCUUACCAAAAGGAGUCUGGUUAUCUAUUCCUAUAUUUGGAAAUAAUUUCACUUAAUUUUUCAUAUUUCAUCCCCCAAAUUUCCAAUCAAAUUCUAUAUAACUCCUCUCCCCAAGAAGGCCAUUACCCAUCUCCAUUUCUCCCCAAAACUCACAAGAAAAGUAACAAAUGAAAAUGACAUAUGGAACACCUUCUAGCUUUAAUCAAUGCAAUACUCAACCAAUUUUCACUUAUUCAAGAAGGCCAAUUUCCAUGCGAAAGCCAAACAAAGUUCAUUGUGAGGCGUCUUUAAAUUCUUCUUCUCUAUGGGCGCCGGAACCCAACGCCACGUCAUCACGACCCAAAUGGAACCUCCUCCAGAAAGCGGCGGCGGCGGCGCUGGAUGCAGCGGAGGGAGCGGUGGUGUGGCUCGAACUUCGGCGCCGGCUCCCCAAAUUUGCAGACCCAGACGUUCAAAUCGCCGGGAAUUUCGCUCCCGUGCCAGAGCAGCCCGUCCGCCAAAACCUUCCCGUCGUCGGGACCAUCCCGGAGUGCAUUAACGGCGUUUACGUCCGGAAUGGGGCUAACCCGCUUUUUAAACCCCUGGCCGGACACCACGUCUUCGACGGCGAAGGGAUGGUUCACGCCGUCACAAUUAACGGGAAUGAGGUUAGCUACAGCUGCCGGUUCACGGAGACGUCAAGGCUGGUUCAGGAGCGAGAAUGGGGCCGGCCCGUUUUCUUCAGACCAAUCGGCGAACUCCAUGGCCGCCCCGGUCUAGCGCGGCUUCUCCUCUUUUCCGCUCGCGGCCUCUUCGGCCUGGUCAACACCAGCCGCGGAACCGGGCUAGCAAACGUCGGUCUGGUCUAUUUCAACCGGAGACUACUCGCGAUGUCGGAAGACGAUCUUCCGUACCAUAUCCGGGUCAAACCUUCCGGCGACCUGGAGACCGUCGGAAGAUACGACUUUGACGGGAGCCUGACAAGAUCAAUGAUAGCCCAUCCGAAACUCGACCCUGAAUCCGGCGAGCUAUUCGCGCUGAGCUACCACGUCGCACAAAAGCCCUAUUUGAAGUACUUCAAAGUUUCCCCCUCCGGGAAAAAGUCACCGGACGUGGAAAUCCCGAUCGACGUCCCGACAAUGACCCACGACUUUGCCAUUACGGAGAACCACGUCAUCAUCCCGGACCAGCAACUGGUUUUCAGGAUCCAAGCCAUGGUCUCCGGCGGAUCCCCGGUGAAUUACGACAAGGAAAAGAAAUCCCGAUUCGGGAUCCUCAAGAAAACCGCGGAGACCGGCGAAGACAUCACGUGGGUCGAGUCGCCGGACACGUGCAGCCUCCAUAUCUGGAACGCCUGGGAAGAGCCGGAAAAUCAAGAAAUCGUGGUAAUCUGCUCCUGCAUGACACCGCCCGAUUCGAUCUUCAACGAAUCCAAGGAGGAUCCCAAGAUCACCCUGACCGAAAUCCGGCUAAACCCGACCACCGGAGAAUCAAGAAAACGGCGAAUCAUCCUGGAAACAGAGCAGAUCAACUUAGAAGUGGGGACGGUGAACCGGAACCGGGUCGGACGGAAAACCCAGUACGCAUAUCUCGCGAUAGCGGAGCCAUGGCCGAAAGUUUUGGGCUUUGCGAAAGUGGACCUGGAAAGUGGGGAAUUGAAGAAGUAUCUGUACGGGGAAGGGAGGUACGGAGGGGAACCAUUUUUCGUGGGGAGAGAAGAGGAGGGGGAUAAUAAGGAAGACGAAGGGCAUAUACUUUCAUUUGUGCACGAUGAGAAGACAUGGGAAUCGGAGCUUCAGAUUGUGGACGGGGUGAGUUUGGAGUUGCAGGCCACCGUGAAGCUCCCUUCAAGGGUGCCAUAUGGCUUUCAUGGCACUUUCAUUUCUGCAAAAGACUUGCAAACUCAAGUGUGAAAUUUUCCCUAAUUAAUUAAUUAGGUCCCAACUCCCAAUCACAAUAAUGUAUACUCACAAAAUAAACAUUGACAAAAUGCGCAAAUUUACCCAAUAUGUCAAAUAAUGGUUUAAAUUAUAGUCUCAAAUAAUUAAAAAAUAAAAAUUAAAAUACACAAAUGACAAGUUUGUACGUUUUGUAAGUGUUUUAUUUGUGAUUCUAGCAUUAUUUUAGAGAGAAAGCAUGCACUUUCUUCGAUAGUUGUUAAUUGAUUAAAUCGACAUACCUAUU